AAACCCAGUGCUUUUGUCCAUGUGGAAACCUUGUUAAUUUGUCCCGUUUUAUUUUUUAGCCAUAUCUCACAAAGCAUGGGGGGAACACUUAAAAUUAUGUAAUGGUGCAACAUUGCUGAAAUAUUUUAGGCUGGCAGCUCUGAGGGACUGUGAGGGAGCUGUGCUGGCAUCCUCUUCCAGCUCCUGUCAGAUGAAGACACUCAUUUCUUGAGGUGCCUCAGAAAGCCUUGAGGUUUCAGCUGAGAAAAGCAUCUCUGCACAACAAAACACUUAAGCAAACACUUCAGGCAAAUGAUGAACUGAACUCCCACAGCUAUAAAUCACAUCCAUGAUUCCCAAAUGAGGAACCUGAGUCUGCCCUCAGCAGUCCUUGAAGCAGACGGUCACAAAGUACACGAAGUCAGAAUUCCCCACGCUAUCCCUGGCAGACCUUUGGUUCACAUCCCAAUGCAGUUAAUAUUUUUGCAGCAAAACAGCUGUGAGGCAUCAUGUUGUGUUUGUUUUCAUUAACUCCUCCCCAGUGGGCUUAUGUAUUUGUAUUUCCUUGUUUACAUACUUGCAGCGUCCCUAGGGGCAUACACAUACUGCCCCUAAGGUUAGGGGCGAGUUAUUGGAGGGCAAGUACCUCCCUCUGAUGCAGAAUUUGUCCCGUCUCUUCACUGUGCCAGAGAUGUAAAUCUUUCUGGAACUGUUAGACAAAAGUCUCUUUAAACAUGUGGUUUCUUUCAGCAGCAGUUUUCAGACUGCGCUUUUUGAAUUGCUGGGCCAGAAGUUUGUGUUUCCAAUUGUCACUCUCUGAGACACUUUUCCAUUGUUAAUAUGGUCCCAGGCGCUUUACAGCCUGAUCUCUUUAUAGUCGUUCCACAGCCCUGCGUGCUGAGGUCCAGAUCUUUCCAUCAUAAUUUGUGCUGUCGUUCUCCCGACGCGGCGCGAAGCCGCCCGCCCGCGAGGGGACGGCGACUCGCGGCUCCCCGCGCCCGCCGCUGCUUCCCACGGCACCGACCGCGCUCCGAGCGGGCCCGGCCCGGCCCGGCCCGUCCGUGCCGCGGCCGCUCCGCCAGCCCCCGCCUCGCCGCUGCUCGGGCCGGGGAUGCCCCGGGCGCGCCCGGAGCUCGCGGCUGCCGGGCGCCGUUACCGGCGGCUCCGGGGCACGGGCGGAGCGCGGCCGUCCCGCCCACCGCCGCCGCCGGGCCCGCAGGGGCUGCCGGGCACGGCCCAACCGGCGCCCCCCGGCACCGGCCGCGUGCGUCAGACCGGAGACGUGGCCCCCGCGGCGGCGGGGGCGGAGCGGCGGCGGGCGGAGCGCGGCUGCGGGCGGCCUCCCGGCCCGGCCCUGCCCGCCGCGCUGAGCCCCGCACCGCGCCGCGGGAUGUUCGCGCUGCCGCCCGCCCGCCGCCGCCCGUGACCCCGAGCCGCACGCCCGGCCGCGCACCAGGACGAUGAUUCCUGUGACCGAGUUCCGGCAGUUCUCGGAGCAGCAGCCGGCGUUCCGGGUGCUGAAGCCCUGGUGGGAUGUGUUCACGGACUAUCUCUCGGUGGCCAUGCUGAUGAUCGGAGUGUUCGGGUGCACCUUACAGGUCAUGCAAGACAAGAUAAUAUGCCUUCCGAAGCGCGUCCAGCCUUGCCAGAACCAAUCUAAUAACUCAAAUGUGUUUAACACAAUACCAGAUACCACCACCCCCCUGCCACCACCGAAGCCAUCCACCCCUCCAGCUACAGUUGAAAUGAAAGGACUCAAGACUGAUUUGGACCUUCAGCAAUACAGCUUUAUAAAUCAGGUGUGCUAUGAGCGGGCUCUGCACUGGUAUGCCAAGUACUUCCCUUACCUUGUCCUUAUACACACACUGGUCUUCAUGCUGUGUAGUAACUUCUGGUUCAAAUUCCCUGGAUCAAGCUCCAAAAUUGAACACUUCAUUUCAAUACUUGGGAAAUGUUUUGAUUCUCCCUGGACAACAAGAGCUUUAUCCGAAGUGUCAGGGGAAGACUCUGAAGAGAAGGAUAACAGGAAGAACAACAUUAACAAGUCUAAUACUACUCAGCCAAGCACUGAAGGCACUUUGGUCAAGACACAGUCUUUAAAAUCAAUCCCUGAGAAGUUAGUUGUGGAUAAGGGAACACCUGGGGCAUUAGAUAAAAAAGAAGGUGAACAGGCCAAAGCACUGUUUGAAAAGGUGAAGAAAUUCAGACUGCACGUUGAGGAGGGUGAUAUACUCUAUGUCAUGUACGUUCGCCAGACUGUACUUAAGGUAAUUAAAUUCCUUAUUAUUAUUGCUUACAACACAGCACUUGUCUCAGAAGUGAAUUUUACAGUAGUUUGUAAUGUUGAUAUUGAAGACAUGACGGGAUACAAGAAUUUUUGCUGUAAUCACACAAUGGCACAUCUGUUCUCUAAACUUUCUUACUGCUACCUGUGCUUUGUAAGCAUCUAUGGCCUGACAUGCCUUUAUACACUCUACUGGUUGUUCUACCGCUCACUGAAAGAAUAUUCUUUUGAGUAUGUUCGCCAAGAGACGGGAAUCGAUGAUAUCCCAGAUGUCAAGAAUGACUUUGCUUUUAUGCUUCAUAUGAUCGAUCAGUAUGAUCCUCUCUACUCCAAGCGCUUUGCUGUCUUCCUGUCUGAAGUCAGUGAAAAUAAGCUGAAACAGCUGAACCUAAACAACGAGUGGACCGCAGAUAAACUGCGACAGAGGCUACAGACAAACUCCCACAGCCAUCUGGAGCUACAGCUUUUCAUGCUUUCCGGACUACCAGACACAGUGUUUGAAAUUACUGAGCUGCAGUCUUUAAAACUUGAAAUAAUUAAUAAUGUAAUGAUACCAGCAACCAUUGCACAGUUGGACAAUCUCCAGGAGCUCUCAUUGCAUCAGUGUUCUGUGAAGAUCCACAGUGCUGCCUUGGCUUUUCUGAAGGAGAAUCUCAAGAUCUUGAGUGUCAAGUUUGAUGACAUCAGAGAACUUCCACAUUGGAUGUAUGGCCUUAGAAAUUUGGAAGAACUCUAUUUAAUUGGCUCCCUAAGUCACGAUAUUUCUAAAAACAUUACACUGGAGUCUUUUCGGGAGCUUAAAAGCCUAAAAGUUCUUCACAUAAAAAGUAAUUUGUCCAAAAUCCCACAAUCUGCAGUUGAUGUUUCAAGUCACCUGCAAAAAUUGUGUAUCCAUAAUGAUGGCACUAAGUUAGUGAUGCUCAACAACCUGAAGAAGAUGGUCAACCUGACACAGCUGGAAUUGGUUCAUUGUGAUUUAGAGCGCAUACCUCAUGCAGUCUUCAGCCUUCUCAGUCUUCAAGAAUUGGAUCUAAAGGAAAACAACCUCAAAUCCAUUGAGGAAAUCGUAAGUUUUCAACAUCUGCGGAAACUGACAAUUCUAAAGCUGUGGUACAACAGUAUAACCUACAUCCCAGAACAUAUAAAGAAACUCACUAGUCUAGAGCGGCUUUCCUUCAGCCAUAACAAAAUAGAGGUUCUUCCGUCCCACCUAUUCCUAUGCAACAAAAUCAGAUAUUUGGAUUUGUCUUACAAUGACAUUCGCUUUAUCCCACCUGAAAUAGGAGUUCUGCAGAGUUUACAAUACUUUUCCAUUACUUGCAACAAAGUGGAGAGUGUGCCAGAUGAACUAUACUUUUGCAAAAAACUUAAGACUCUGAAAAUUGGGAAAAAUAACUUGUCAAUCCUUUCACCUAAAAUCGGUAAUUUGACAUUGCUCUCCUACUUGGAUAUUAAAGGCAAUCACUUUGAAAUCCUCCCACCUGAGCUCGGUGAGUGUAGAGCUCUGAAGAGGACUGGUUUCACUGUAGAGGACAACUUGUUUGAAACUUUGCCUUCUGAUGUCAGGGAGCAAAUGAAAGCUGAAUAAAUUCUUCUUGCUCAGUUUUACAGAAAUAACAUUUCUACCAAAAAUGCUCUAGAGAAUGCUCCAAAUAUGCAUUUAAUUUGUAGUUACAUUUUUCUUUUUCAAAUCCUUUCUGUACAAAUUUGAGUAAGGAGUACAUAUAUUUUUUAAAUAAAAUUUUCUCAUAUUUUUUCACUGUUUUAAGAUAUUCUUAAGUUUGUUUUGCCCUGAGAACAAGGGCAUCUGUAACUUAAUUUUUACUGGUAAAAGUAAAUGAUUUUGUUUGCUGGUUUUUCUUGCCAUUUCCUAAUCCUACUGGGGAAACUGUGUUUAAGAUGUAUGCUUUGGGUUGCAUAGUUUGCAAUAGAUGAUUAUAUUGUCUUCCUAGUUAUUGUUAAUCCCCUAGGACAUGGUCUUCAACAGGUGGUGCUGCAGGUGUUGAAUGCCUUUGUUUACUCUUUCUUCAGUGGCAGUAGAAGGUGUUCAACAUCUAACAAGAUCAAAUCUAAGCGACAAUCCCUUUCUACUUACAACAGGGUUUUCUCAGAUGGUCAAAGCAAGUAGAAAAGGUUCUUUGUGUAUUUUAGCAGGUGAGAGGGAGCAUGCAGAACUCCUUCAGGGUCUAUUGGCAAUUCAGCCUGGCUGCCCAUUCACAGACUGCACUGAGCAGGAGGCCCUCACUGCUAUUUCCUCUCUGGUGCAGGAGGAGUGAGGUCACAGUUCACAGUGGAGUCGGGACCAAAGUGACUCAUGUUGAAGGUUUUCCUAACAGUGCAAAGGGAUAUGGCUGCUCAUUUCCUACUAACUUGAGUAGAAGGGGUGCAAUGAACUCACCGUAUUGGAAAUGUCAGCUCAGCAAGAUGAAGUGCUGUCUUGAAAACUCCAUCUUCCCUUCAACACCAGUGCUGCAAGAGAGAAAGUGCCCUCUGCCUCCUCAGCCCACUUCCCCACCAAAUUGCUUGGCAUCUUCUAGGAACGGAAUCCAGAAAAACCCUUGGUUUGUAAAGCUCCUGACAAGGAAAUCGCCUCUGGAAUCAAGGAAUUAAUAUGUUCCUUGAUGUAGCUUGGGUAGCAUAAAACUAAGCUCAGCACAGGAACAUUUGCAGAUUUGCAAAAAUUGAGAUUAAAUGAAUACAUUAGUUUCUCACAAGUCUCAUCCUACCCGUCAUACCCAAGGACAGUGAUGAAGGCUCUGUUUUCAUCUCCCAGAGAGGAAUUAAAUUUGAAAUCCUGCAGUUGGAAGUUUGCUUUUUAAAACAAUGUAAUCUCUGAUGAUUAUGCAUCAGGUUGGGAACUUUAUCCUCUGAAGCCAUGGUCAGCUGUUUACUUAAUCCAGCCAUUUGAUUUCUUUUAGUCAGGUUUUAAAGGGAUGUGCUGCUCUCAAGCUAAUUUAAGUUUAUUAAAAGUUGUAAAAUAUUUUGCUGGGAGGAAAUCUCUUCAUCGUAUCCAACAACACAUAUUUGAGUCAGAUGCAGGCACUAAAUAAAUGUUUCACAAGAGUAUCUAGGAAUAAGUCCUUAUUUUUCUAGGAGGCAAUGCUGUUCAUAAAUUGCAGACGUUGAAUUGCUGAUUGUUUAAAUUUAUGUAAAAUAUUGGACAGUUGUCAGAUUGGUUGCUCUUAAAUGUUUUCUAAUUGCCAUUGUGAGUCUUGAGCUACAGUUAAUCUGAGUUCUUGAGCUUGGUACAAAAGCAUAGAGUUGGUUUAAGAGUAUGAUUUAUAAAGGUGGGGAGACAAACUACAAUGAGAACUUCCUCAUUAAUACAGGGUGUGCUAUGCAAUUUGGUGUGUGAGCUUGCCACAGUAGCAGGUCAGACUUACUUCAUGUGCUUGGCUAUGUUCUGGAGAAGAUCCAUGUGACUAAUCAAAAAUGGGUCAGGCAUGAAGGAAUCAAAUCAAGCUUUUUUAAAGGGGUUUGAUUUAGUUCUAUUAAAGACCUUUAACUGAGGUAGCUAUUGCAAGAGCUACCCUUAUUAGUGUGUGGAAUGAGCUUGGCAGUAUAUAUAUUCUAAAUGUAUUUAGCUUCGAUGUUAUGUGAGGAAGAGAAACAUUUCAUUGCUCAUAUUAACCUAAUUAUGUAAACCAAAGUGCUUUUGUCCCUGAUGAAUGUAAAUUGUUUGAAAUGUCCAGGUAAUUGGUGGAGCUGUAUAGUUCUCUUACUUAUAUUUUAAAUAUGGGAUUACAUUUAAAGUUUUUUAAAAAGUCUUUAUAUUCCUAGAUGUAGCAUUUUAAAUCCCUAAUUUAUUUUGUGUGUAAUGUUGUUUCAUGUGUAGUUUGUGGUCUGGUUUCUGGGUGGAAGUUAAGCACACCUCGUAACUGAAGGUUGGAGACGUGUUCUAUGCCAUUUUUGUAAAUACAUCACUUAGGGAAUGUGGGGUUCUGUUUGUUACUGAUUAUAUUUAUACAGUGCAACCCCUCACGUGGACACAGUUACAUGAGUAUAAAGUGCCUUGUGCUGGCAUAUCUUUAUUCACUUUGCUAGGAAUAAACUAUACCGGUCUAAGCACUUUAAUGCUAAUAACUGUAUCUUCUCCAAGGGUGUGGUGAGCUGAGACAGCUUAGUCAGUCUGACACCUCACUGUCAGCAAAAAGGGGCAGCUCCCUCCUCCUCCCAUGCUCCCUAUUCCUGCCAACAUGUUCCAGCUACUUCUCAUGUACCUUUACGGGUCUGGUGCUGGUCUUAUCCCUCCACAGGACAAAUCAACUUUUUAAGCUAGCAGAAAAUGGUGCCAGUCUGAAAAAGGGACUAAUUUUCUGCUGGAUCAGCUCUCUAAAGGAUUGGAUGGACACUAGGAUGGGAGUAACAGAGGGACAGGACUUUGUAGCUGGGGUCUGUACAAGGAGAAGGUGGGGCAAAUCUCUUUAGAGAUGCUAGGUCAGUUCAUCAUCUUGCCGAGCCAUAUGCUUGGAGGACUGUGCUGUUUUAUGUAUAGCAGGGUUAGGCAGCUUGGCUUUUGUGAGUAGACAACCCUCAGGCUCACAGUGGAUGAUAAAAUAUCACAUUACUGUUAAUUUCUUAAUGAAACAAACUCAGGUAGCUGCACUGUUGACUUUUCUAAACUUCUUACUGUCUAUUCUGGGGUGUAUUUUCCAAACCCACAUUACAGUAACUUAGAAAUGAGUCAGCUGAGGGAAGAUUGUUUCCUAAUUCUCUAUAACAUCCAGGAAAAUAUGUAAAAGUGCCAUAUUUACUCAGUGAAUCAUGUACUGCUCAUAUGUAUAUUCACAUGCAAUUCAUACUAGACUUUCCUGUGACCAAUAGUAUUUGACUUAGAAUGGAUGGACAUUUUGUGGACAAUACUUUAGCAUGGUUUGUAUAUAUACAAAGAGUUUCUAUAACUACUUAUAUUAAUCAGGUGCCUAACAAGUAUGACAGUUCCAGAAUUUAAGCACGGCAUUUUUUCAUUACUGCUUAAAAAUAAUAAAAAUCCUCCUUGGUAACAGAAUUAGAGAUGACAAAGAUUGCAUCAAAAGUAAGAAGACAACCUUCAUAGUACAUUGAGCCUGACAAGCAAAUCUACUUUGUGAUCAAAAUCUGGAGAUGUGCAUCUCCCCCUCUGUCAAAAUUAGAAUGGAUAUUUGUGCUGACCUCGUGCAUCCAGCCAGCCCAACAACUUUUGCAAAUUCUGAUUGGAAAGCGCCUGCUCCAAGUCUUGUAUCACUUUUCUGGCACGUCAGUAAUUCAUGUACUUAAGUGGUGACGAGUUCUGUAGGAAUGCCAAGAAAAAACUUUGAAAUUUGACCAAAUGAACAAACUUAAUUCUGUAGCAAGAAUCUUAAUAUGAUAAUAGACCUGCAUAGUGUUACAUUGCAAUAUAGUCCACCCAGCAGAAAACAGAAAUAAAAUGCUCUUUUGUAAUAAUGA